AUGGAACUGAGUCAGUUCGAUCUACAAUAUAGACCGAAAGCGGCCAUUAAAGGGCAAGUUGUUGCCGAUUUCAUUUUGGAGUUCUCAUACCAACCGGUUAAGGAUCCCAAGCAACAGGCCAGCGAAGUCACCCAGGAAACCAUUCAGAAUCUAUCUACCUGGAGCCUCUAUGUCGACGGAUACUUGAACAGGAAAAUGGUCGGGGCAAGCCUUCUCUUCCUCAGUCCCAAAGGGACUCGCAUCCACAGUAUCCUUCGGUUUGGGUUCAAGGCGACCAACAACGAAGUAGAGUAUGAAGCAUUGCUCGCUAGUCUGCGGUUGGCAAAAGAAAUGGGGUCAACCGCAAUUAACAUUCACAGCGACUCCAUGCUAGAUUUAUUGGGAAGAAUAUAUAUUUUGAGCCUGAUCUCAGUAGUGUCAAUAUUUUUCAUGAAUGUGUAUGCUGAGAAUACAUUUAAUGUUUUAGAUUAUGGAGCAAAUGGUGAUGGAAACUCAAAUGGUUCCUUGUGUAACAAAUCCCACAUUGAAAGUGCAUUUGAGAAAGCUUGGGACGAAACCUGCAAUGCAACGGAAGGCACACCAACCAUGAUUAUUCCAAAGGGAAAGACAUUUCUGGUGUAUCCCAUGACCUUCGCUGGCCCUUGCAAAUCCAAUAACAUCAACAUCCGACUGUCAGGAAUAGUGAAGGCUCCAGAUGAUCUUCAUGCAUGGCAAGCAUCUGAGAGGGGAAAAUGGCUGGUUUUUAAUGGCAUUUCAGGGCUAAAUAUCAGUGGCUUUGGCCUCAUUGAUGGAAGUGGAAAGAGGUGGUGGGAUAAUUCAUGCAAACUUAAACCCAUAGAGGGCUGUACAACACUGGCACCUACAAACAUGGGGGAUGAUUGCAUCUCGAUUGGUGAUUAUGUUUCAAAGAUUAAAGUUAGCUAUGUAAAUUGUGGACCUGGUCAUGGUAUAAGCAUUGGAAGCUUAGGUAGAGAUGGAAAUGAAGUACAAGUAGAAAACAUCAUUGUGAGAAAUGUUUCAUUCUACAAGACUACCAAUGGAGCCCGGAUCAAGACUUGGCAAUUUAUCUUUUAUAUAUGUGAUAAGAAAACUGGAGUUCAUAUAAGCAGUGUGCGAUUCUCCCAUUCGACUAAGACAUCCACCACCGUGGUGGCCAUCAAUCUUAGUUGCAACAGUAAUGUUCCUUGUACCAACAUCAACUUUGAGGAUAUUCGAUUGAAAUUAGACACUAAAGGAAAACAUCUCGUUUCUAGCUGCAACAAUGCUUAUGGACACAAUUUAGGAAUUGUAGAGCCAAGAUCAUGUCUCUGA